GAGAUAUCGCAGAGAGGGAGAAGCAUGAAUACAAGACAGAGUGUAAGAGUUUGAGCAGUGUAUCGCAAUCAACGUGACUUUAUGGGUGACAAAAUGGCCAUGUUACAGCUAGACACUGAGGGAGGCUGUUCCUCCAAGUCAUUCAAGCUGUACUCUCCCAAGGAGCCACCCAACGGUAGCACUUUCCCCCCUUUUCAUCCCGGCACCAUGCUGGACAGAGAUGUGGGUCCAACCCCAAUGUAUCCUCCCACAUACCUGGAGCCAGGCAUAGGGAGGCACACACCAUAUGGCAACCAGACAGACUACAGAAUAUUUGAACUAAACAAACGGCUACAGAAUUGGACAGAGGAGUGUGAUAACCUAUGGUGGGAUGCAUUUACUACAGAGUUUUUUGAAGACGAUGCCAUGUUGACCAUUACUUUCUGUCUGGAAGAUGGGCCUAAGCGUUACACAAUUGGUCGGACGUUGAUUCCAAGGUACUUUCGGAGUAUAUUUGAAGGUGGUGCCACUGAGCUCUAUUAUGUGCUGAAACACCCCAAGGAGUCAUUUCACAACAACUUUGUCUCCCUUGACUGUGACCAGUGCACCAUGGUCUCCCAGAAUGGAAAGCCAAUGUUCACACAGGUGUGUGUUGAGGGCCGCUUGUACUUGGAGUUCAUGUUUGACGACAUGAUGAGGAUAAAAACGUGGCACUUUAGCAUCCGACAACACCGUGAACUCAUCCCUCGCAGUAUACUGGCCAUGCAUGCCCAGGACCCACAGAUGCUGGACCAGCUGUCCAAAAAUAUUACAAGAUGUGGCCUGUCAAACUCUACUCUAAACUACCUCCGACUAUGUGUGAUCCUAGAGCCCAUGCAGGAACUCAUGUCUAGACAUAAGACGUACAGCCUCAGCCCCAGAGACUGCCUCAAGACCUGCCUCUUCCAGAAAUGGCAGCGAAUGGUGGCACCUCCAGCCGAGCCAUCAAGACAGGCCCCAAACAAACGACGGAAGCGUAAGAUGUCAGGUGGCAGCACCAUCAGUGGCGGAGGAGGACCUAAUAACAACAACAAUAACAAGAAGAAGAGUCCUGGUAGUGGCUUCCCUCUGUCCAGUCAGGUUCCAGAUGUGAUGGUGGUGGGAGAACCUACACUGAUGGGAGGGGAGUUUGGCGACGAGGACGAGCGUUUGAUCACGCGGCUGGAGAACACCCAGUUUGAUGCAGCCAAUGGCAUUGACGACGAGGACAGCUUCAACAACUCCCCGGCUCUGGGAUCCAACUCGCCCUGGAACAACAAGGCGCCCUCCAGCCAGGAGAGCAAGAGUGACAACCCCACCUCACAGGCAUCGCAAUAGAGUUCGGGCCCCUCCUCCACGACAGAAAUCUUUCGCGCCCUCCUCUGAGCUUUCCCAAAGCCAAAAGUCACAAGAGCAACAGGUUUCUUAGCAGCCCCCAGACAUGCUUUUAGAGCUCUGACUCCUCCGACACGUUGUGACUGGCAGAGCUCAGUUUGACCUCCUCCCAGGGCUUCAUCAAUACUGUGACUUCCCAACUUAAAGGCACCCUGGCCCCUCUCCCUUUCUGAUUCUUUUCUGCAUUUCAUAUUAAAAAUGUCCUGUCUGCUCUUGCUAAUUUCCACUUUGGACAGCAACAUGGUAGUUCUGCUGAUGAAGGAGUCGUGGUGAUUGAAUCCAGGAGAGAACUAACCCACACUAAACCCAAGAAGAAAGCUACAAAGCAGUGUGGCAUGGCCAUGAUGGCAAGUUGCUUAGGGACAGCUUGUACACCCAGCCUCUAAACGACUCAAUUCUGGACUGCUCUAAUGCAUCAAGUCACUAGAAACCUUUGUUAAUAUAUUGAUUGUGUGUGCGUGCAUGUGUGUGCGCAAGUAAGAGAGAGUGUGAAUGAGAAAUGUUUCAGGAGAGAAAAGACACGUUAGUGGCUUUGCUGAAUCGAGCAGACCAGAAUUUAGAGACCUCUUGAAAAAUUGUUGAACUUGUCACACUUUCAAUGUGGGACACAACAAUUCACAUUAAACACACACACAUUGAUACACACACAAUUGAUGGCAGGAGUUCCAGUUUCCUUGAUGCGUGAGCCAUCUCUUAGUAGACUGCAACAUACACACUUACACAUUUUAAGAGUUUUUAUACAGUAUAUAUUUCCCUAGAAUGUUUUUAAUUUCUAUUAAACAUCUUCAGUUCAGUUGUUACUUUUUUUUAUUUUAUUUUUUACAAAUACUGAAAAGCUACAGACCAAGGAGCACCACGGGACUUUUAUUCCUCCCCUAAAAUAUAUUGUUUUUAUUUUUUGUGUUUAUAAAAGAAAUUAUUUAGUGUGGAUGUUUUAUUUUGUCUUUCUGUUACUUUUGCAAAUUUGAAAUUUUGUGUAUUUGUGCUUGUAUAUUUAAGGUAGUAGCAGUUCUGUCUGACUGUAAUAAGAUGUAUUCUUACUUAGAUAUACCUAAAGCCAUCCUGAUCUAAUGUAAAGAAACAAAAUAGGAAAAAUGAGGAAAAAAAAACAGCUCUUUCCUUCUCCCUCUUUUUUUUUUUAAGGGUAGUGUAAAUGAAAUGACAGAAGCCCUGAGGGUACAAUGGCACCAUGGGAAGGUGCUUUUCCUAUAUCUUUUGUUUUUCUGUAUUUAUUUAGGAAAUUCUGAAAUUCACUCAACUAUUUCAUGUCAACAUAAAUUGUUAGUUCUUUUCCCCUCCACUGUCAGACGUUUUAUGUAUUGCGUAACCUGAUUAAACCCGAUGUCAAGUGAUUGUGCUGAUAUGUUUGUUUGACUGGUGACUUUCACUUUAAUCACUAGCUUUAAAAGUUGUUUUUUUAAAAUGACCUUUUACCCCACAAUGUUAUAAUUCCUGACAUCUUCAGACACCCAAUGUGUUCUAAAACCAGCUUAACAUUAUGUUCAUACUGCAGAGUUUGUAGCUGUUGAGUCUAUAAAUUGGGUUUACGAGUCAUAAAAAGCCUGAAAUAAGUCCUGCUGUUCUUGAUUUGGCCCUUCUGGUAUUCAUCACGACAAUAGGUGAAGUCUUCGAACUCUUUUGUACAUUUCUAUUUUGUUAUACUUUCAAUCCAUUUAAAAUUGAGUUUGAAUGGUGACUUGUACCUUCCUCAAACCCUGUAGAAUCAUUGAAUUUUGUUUUGGGGUUAGUUUCUGCCCUUGCUAAUUAAUGUAUGGUACCAAUAAAAAAGAUACAUUUUCACUUUAAGAAA